CCCGAGGGAGGCUGGUCCGGCUCCGGGAGACGCCCGGGACCCCCUCGAGCAGGGCUGGCAGCACGUGAUGGCGCAGCGGGUGGCGGAUCACAUGCCCUUCAUCCUCCACGAAGCCAACGCGGAGGCGGGAUUGCUUUGCGCAGACGUGGACAACAGGCCUUGCUGGUUUUGUGCCAAUGAUGACUACAGUGACGAUGACUGGGGGAGCGACGAGGAGGAACUGGAGGAAGAGAGGGCCCAGAAUGCCAGCCCAGCCACAUUCUGUGGCUUUAAGAAAUCCUUCCUUUGCAAGCCUUCUGCCUUUGCCCUGCCAGCAUGCAGCAAGAAAGACAGCCCUCUGCUGGGCAUUUCUCUGCCCCAGAAGCAGCAGCUCACAGCUGAGGAAGCGGCGAGGAAUGCAGCAGAGUUGGUUGCCGAAGAGGAGCGCAUCAAGAAGAAGGCGGAGAAGAAGAGGAUGAAGAAGAAGAGGCAGAAGGACCGGAAGAAGCAAGAAAAGCGAGACCAGGAGCUGAUGGCCAAGAGCAUAGCUGAGGCAGAUGAGUAUUUGAACAGCAGCACCAGUGUGCAAGGUUCUGACUGCCUGGCUGCCAUUCCGAGAGCCUUGGGACCGUCCCGUCCCGAUUCAGAGGAGAGCUCCACCCAGGACCCCAGUGAGAACAUGGCUUCCCCGGGCAGGAGUCCCAGCAGGAGCACAGAGGAGGAAACGGAGGAGGAGCUUGACCUGACCAGCACUUUCGUAUCGAAAGCUCGUCUCAAGGUGGGCUCCAAGCCCCCCCCACUGCCGCUGCCGAGGAAGGAGAAGGCAGCCCAGCCUGACAGGAAGGAGCCAGAGGUGAAAGAGCAGGAGCAGGUUCCGAAGGCUGGGCUCCAGAUGACUCCGGUGGAGCAGAGCAUGGUGCUGGCAGAUUGCGGCAACGAGACUGCCAAGCAGGGGGGCUACCAGGAGGCCGUGCUCCUCUUCACAGAAGCCGUCAAGCUCAACCCGCGGGAAUACAGGUUCUUUGGGAAUCGCUCCUUCUGCUACGAGAGGCUGCAGUGCUACGCGGAGGCUCUGCGGGACGCCCAGGUGGCCCUCAGCCUGCACCCCGGCUGGCCCAAAGGCCUCUUCCGCAAGGGCAAGGCCCUCAUGGGCCUCAAGCGUUACGCAGAGGCCGUGAGGACCUUUGAGGAGCUCCUGCACUUUGACGGCUUCCGUGGAGACGCCGCCGUCCAGCUGGAGAAGUGCCGGGUUCAGCUUCUGCUGGAGAACGGUUUUGGCUCCUACCCUCCCGAGUGCAACGUCCGUGGCAGAGAAUCCUCCUUGCCCCCGGCUGGUGAGCGGCCAGGUGGGCAACCUGUCAGAAGCAUCUCCCAGGCCAGAGGGCACCUGGCACCUCUCACCAUCACCAGCGCUCAGGGCAAAGGGCUGCUGCCAUUAGCUGCGCAGGCCCCCGUCAGGGAGAGGUUUCCUGUGUGGGUGGGGAACCUGACACCCGCCAUCACCCAGGAGGUCCUGCUGUGCUACUUCCAGCCGUUUGGGCCCAUUGACUCCAUCCGCUGCCUCCCGCGAAGGUUCUGCGCCUUCGUCAACUACACCUGCCGGAAAGCGGCCGAGGAAGCCUAUGUGGCGUUGCAGGGCGUGGAAGUCAGAGGCUGCCACCUCGUCCUGCAGCUGAAGCACCCGGUGCACGCCACUCCUCCCCUUGCCAAGGCACCCGGAAGCACCUGGCAGCAGCAGGCGGCACCUCCGAAGCGGGAGACUCCUCUGGGACCCCCCGCCUUCCUGAGCUCCUCCUGGCUCCGCUGCCUCGGCCACCUCCCUCAGUGAAACACCUUGGCGGAGAAGUUGCUGUGCUUGCAAGCCGACAUCCUGGCUGGGCCCCUUGCGGCUGAAGAUGCUGAAGAUGUGGGGACAGGCCUGUCGGCUGCACCCUUCCUGCGGGUCGGGGGGGGGACUGGUGGUGGUGGACACAAGCGAGUUGCCUGUGGGAGCCCCCCAGGCACAUGGGACUGCUGGGUGGGCUGUGGCCUCCGCCUUCUCCAAGGCUGCCACUGGCCACUUGAUCUCCCUCUGUCCUCCCUCUGGCUUCUGAUGAGACCAGAUGCAGAUCAGGGAAACUGAGGCCAAGGACUGGGGCGGUUGGGGCGGGGGCUCUGCCCUCCUGUUGCUCCUGGGAGCCCUCCCUUCUCCAAAGCAGGUAUCUGCCCCCACCGUGCGUGGAAUGAUGCACCUGCAGUAGGGCAGGCAGCUGCCUCUUCAGCCCCCCCCCCAAACUCUACUGCCUCUGUGGGGCCUAAGUCCUCUUCUGCUACGGUUCCUUUUAGCCAUGCCCCUCCCUGAACCCUGUGCACUAGGUCCUGGUGAGAAGGGGGAGGGCAGGAAGUUGUCUGUGUGUGGGUCCCCCUGCCUGAGGGUGGGGGCUGGUGUUGCUGGUGGGUGGCCUUGGGGUGCCCCCUCGUUUGUGGGGCCCAGAAGGCAGGAGCGUUCUCCCCCUGCCCUUUUGGUUCUGCUCACUGUGUUCAGGGAUCUGUGCCUGCCACGUGGUUUUUACACUAUUCACAAUAAACUCAUUAAAAGCCAA